AUGAGAUUGGCUUGGUUAGCACUCGUAUUCAUCCAAUUGGUGCAGGCCAACAACUACGGGUUUGAUCAAUGGAGCAACAACGAUUUGAAGCAAUUCUUGAACGAUUGCAAAGUCAAGCAAGACUCGUCUUGGGACAACUCGAAAUUGAUUGAAGUCACCAACAACGAGGCGAAAAAAUUGGAAAAUGGAUACAAGAAGUUAAAGACGGAGUUGGACAAGCAAUUGCAACCAAAGAGAACCAACUUGGAAGACUACUUGAGUUUCAGCUACUUGUUUGGCACCGACAAGAAGCCCACUUCGAUCAAGGACUGGUUUUUCGAGAGCUGGGACUUGGACUCGUUGAAAAAGUUUUUGAAGCACAAUGGCAUCAAGUUUAGCGACAAGGACAAGAAGAGCGACUUGUUGAAAACAGUCAAGAAUAGCUUUGACAAGUUGGCCAAGAAGAACAAGGGCUCGAGCUACUACCCUGGCAGCUGGUUAUACGACUCCUGGUCAGACGACGACUUGUCCAAGUGGUUGUCGAAAUAUGACAUCCCUUACAACAAGAAAUCCACUAGAGAUCAACUCAUUGACAAGGUGAAGGAGUUUAAUUACAAGGCAACCAAUGAAAUCUCCGACACCAAGGAUGCAUUGUUGGACUCGUUGGAUCUUUUUGACAAGUCCAUCUUUGACAAGGUUGGACAGGUCAAGGAUUCGUUUUUCGAAACUUGGUCUUACUCCCAAUUACGCGAAUGGUUGUACUUGCACGGUUUCAUCAACGAAAGCCCCGAGACGUAUGUUGCCGAUUUGGAUAAGGAAAAAUUGAUUGAUCUCGCCAAGGAGAACAAAAAGUAUGUGUUGGAGGAUAUCCAGACCUGGUUAAAGCAUUCGGAGAAGAAGGUGCAGCCAUGGUUGAACAAGGGUGGCGACGACACUGUUACUGGCGAAACAAGCAAGCGUACCAAGAAUUUGAUCAAUGACACCUUUUUUGUUGGCAUUGACAACUGGUCAAAAGACAAGUUGCGUGAAUUCUUAAAUGUGCGCAAGGUGCCCUACUCGAUUUUCACCACCAGACAGCAAUUGGUGGAUUUGGUCAAGGAGCACAGAGCCGACCCUAUCCAUGUUGAGGCCGAUGCAUACGUUGUUGACCAAGACUUUUCGACAAACUCCAUCAAGCACUGGUUGAAGGAGCAAGGCAAGAGCAUUGAUGGAACAAGAAAAGAUUUUAUCACGGCGUUUUUGGACCAGUUCAACAAAGUCGGCUCGGGAAGCGACAAUCUUGAGUCGCAGAUUAGAUUCUACACUCCCGAGUUGGAAGACUACAAACACUACUUGAGCAGAAACGUUCCUGAAUACAAGAGUUACUCUGACAGCCAGAUCAAGCAGGCGUUCAAGUUGGUUGACGAGUACUUUAAAAAGGCAACUGAAACAGCAAGGGAGCAGUUGACAAAGGACAAGUACUCGGUCGAGGAAGCGUUGCAGGACAUCCAAAGGGCCAGUUACCAGUAUGCCUCCCAGUUUUACGAUGAAAUUGCCGAUGGCCAAAGCAACAUCUCGCACUUGAUUAUUGACGCCCGAUUGGCCAGCGAGAGCUUUGUCAAGUCGCUUGUUGCCAAAUUGGUCAAGGAUUGGAAAGUGAUUCAAGACACUGUUUUCAAAACCAAGAAGGAGGCCGACAGUUGGAUUGGAGAUAAGCAAAAGGACGCCCAAGGUUGGAUAAAGGAUUCGCAGCAGCAAGCUCAAAAGGGUGGACAAACGGUGUUGAAGAAUGUGGGAAGUGCCCAGGGUGACUUGUUUGCAAAGUACAAGGAGCUUUCAGACAAGUCCAGCUCAGUAUUUAGCGAGUACACCAGCAGAGCCAGUGACGCCUUGGAUGACGUUUCCACCAAUGCCGGUAAGAAAUACGAAGAAGCAGCCAAGGAUGCCGAAUACAAAUACGAGCAGUUUGUCAAGUUGUUCAAUUCCAAAUCGGACGGGGUUUCCGACGCUGCAGGUAAGCAAUACGAAAAGGCAGCCGCAGAGGCCCAGAAGAAGUACGACGAGUAUUCAAGACUUUUCAACAGCAAAUUGGAUGAGUUGACUACAGAGGCUGGUAAAAAGUACGAGUUGGCUGCUGCUGAUGCAAGCAAAAAGUUUGAGGAGUUUAAGAAGUCGGCCAAGGGCACCGCUGAUGGGGUUUCGAGUGAUUUUGCCAAGGGGUAUGAAUUGGCUGCUGCAGAAGCCAACAAGAGGUAUGAGGAGUACACCAAGUUGGCCAGCAAAAAGUACAACGAGGCCACCAAAGACGCUGAAAAACAGUGGGCCGAGUUUUCCAAAGCUACUCGCAACAAAGUUGAUCUUGCCUCUGAAGAUGCCGCCAAGAAGUAUGAAGCAGCUGCCAAGAUUGCUAAUCAAAAGUACGACGAGUACACCAAGUUGGCUGCUGAGAAAUUCAACGAAUGGACAACUGAUGCCAGUUUGAAAGCUGACCAAUUGUACAAGGAAGCUGGUAAGCAUUAUGAAGUUGCCGCUAAGGACGCAUCUAAAAAGUAUGACGAGUACACGUCAGCUGCCGCUGCAUUUGCAGCUAGUGUUGGAGAACAAGCCACUGACAAGUUUAACGAUUUCUCAAAGGAGGCCUCGGUGAAAGCGAACGAAUUGUCUGAAGAAGCCAAAAAGCAAUACGAGAUUGCUUCCGCUGAGGCUCAAAAGAAGUAUGACGAAUACUCCAAGAUUGCCGGCAAGAAAUACGAAGAGCACAAGGCCAUGGCGGGCGAAAAAUUGAACGAACUUGCUGAAGAAGCAGCAAAGCAAUAUGAAGUUGCUAAAAAGAAUGCAGGCGUCAAGUUUGAAGAGUACAAGAAAGUAGCUGGUGAAAAAGCUGUUGAGUUCCACCAGGUUGCCAGCGAAAAAGCCGGCGAGUUUGUCACUACUGCCAAGGAAGAAGGAAGCAAGAUAUACAAUGAAGCCGUGGACCAAUCUCACAAAUCCUACAUCAAGUACUCUCCCAAAGUGAAGGAUUGGCUCUACAACAUUUACCGUGAAUCCCUUUACCACUUGGGUUUAUUCAACAACAAGAUCUACGAAGCAACCGAGGGGGUUGGCGAGAAGGUUGCUGAGAAAUGGGAUAGCAUAAUCAAGACCUAUUCCAAUGCCGAUCUCAAGGCAUAUUUGAGGUCGUUUGGAUACAGUUACCAAUGGUUGAGCGGAUUAAACAGGAAAGAGUUGUUGAAAUUGGCCGAAGUGCAAGAAAAGUUGUUUUCUGGAUAUAAGAGCACCAAGUGGGAUAAAUCGAUUGGCGAGAUCUUCAAAGACGCAGGCGAGGAGAUUGAGAAGGAGUUGGGUAUCAAACGCGAACCACACGGCUUGGUUGAGCACGCAAAGUACUAUUUGGGGUUCAACUAUUAA